AUGUUGGGACUAAUCUGUUGGUGUAAGGCUGUAUUUCUCAUUCUGACCCUCAUCACGGCCCUCAUCACGGACCUCAUCAUGGACCUCAUCAUGGACCUCAUCACGGACCUCAUCGUGGUACCUGUGUGGCUCCUCGUGGUCCCUGUGUGGCUCCUCGUGGUCCCUGUGUGGCUCCUGAAUGAACGGUUCUUUCUUUUACGUCAGGUCUCGCUUCAGACGUCAGGUCUCGCUUCAGACGUCAGGUCUCGCUUCAGACGUCAGGUCUCGCUUCAGACGUCAGGUCUCGCUUCAGACGUCAGGUCUCGCUUCAGACGUCAGGUCUCGCUUCAGACGUCAGGUCUCGCUUCAGACGUCAGGUUUCGCUUCAGACGUCAGGUCUUGCUUCAGACGUCAGGUCUUGCUUCAGACGUCAGGUCUUGCUUCAGACGUCAGGUCUUGCUUCAGACGUCAGGUCUUGCUUCAGACGUCAGGUCUUGCUUCAGACGUCAGGUCUUGCUUCAGACGUCAGGUCUUGCUUCAGACGUCAGGUCUUGCUUCAGACGUCAGGUCUUGCUUCAGACGUCAGGUCUUCAGACGUCAGGCCUGCUUCAGACGUCAGGUCUGCUUCAGACGUCAGGUCUCGCUUCAGACGUCAGGUCUCGCUUCAGACGUCAGGUCUUGCUUCAGACGUCAGGUCUUGCUUCAGACGUCAGGUCUUGCUUCAGACGUCAGGUCUUGCUUCAGACGUCAGGUCUUGCUUCAGACGUCAGGUCUUGCUUCAGACGUCAGGUCUUGCUUCAGACGUCAGGUCUUGCUUCAGACGUCAGGUCUUGCUUCAGACGUCAGGUCUUGCUUCAGACGUCAGGUCUUGCUUCAGACGUCAGGUCUUGCUUCAGACGUCAGGUCUCCUUUAGACGUCAGGUCUUGCUUCAGACGUCAGGUCUUGCUUCAGACGUCAGGUCUUGCUUCAGACGUCAGGUCUUGCUUCAGACGUCAGGUCUUGCUUCAGACGUCAGGUCUCUUCAGACGUCAGGUCUCGCUUCAGACGUCAGGUCUUGCUUCAGACGUCAGGUCUUGCUUCAGACGUCAGGUCUUGCUUCAGACGUCAGGUCUUGCUUCAGACGUCAGGUCUUGCUUCAGACGUCAGGUCUUGCUUCAGACGUCAGGUCUUGCUUCAGACGUCAGGUCUUGCUUCAGACGUCAGGUCUUGCUUCAGACGUCAGGUCUCGCUUCAGACGUCAGGUCUCGCUUCAGACGUCAGGUCUCGCUUCAGACGUCAGGUCUCGCUUCAGACGUCAGGUCUCGCUUCAGACGUCAGGUCUGCUUCAGACGUAG